AACCUCAGCUACACCUGCCGGUCUAAUCGUGACUGCCAGAUCGACCAGCAUCACCGGAACCAGUGCCAAUACUGCCGCCUCAAGAAGUGCUUCCGGGUGGGCAUGAGGAAGGAGGUCUCUGGAUAUCUGCUUCCCCCCUAUUCCAUCCCUCCUCCUUCCUGGCACCUCUCCCCCCCCUCUCUACCCUCCCCAUGUUCCUUCACACUCCCCCUUACCAUUUUCAUCAUUCCUCCCCCACCUCCUCACCCCUCAUCCCUUCUCCCCUCCUCCGCAGAAUAUGGCUGCCUCAAGGCCAUCGCGCUGUUCACACCUGAUGCCUGUGGCCUUUCAGAUCCAGCACACGUGGAGAGCCUACAGGAGAAGGCACAGGUGGCCCUCACUGAGUACGUGCGGGCCCAGUACCCGUCCCAACCCCAGCGCUUCGGGCGCCUGCUGCUGCGGCUCCCCGCCCUGCGUGCUGUCCCUGCCUCCCUCAUCUCCCAGCUGUUCUUCAUGCGCCUAGUGGGCAAGACGCCUAUUGAGACGCUGAUUCGAGACAUGCUGCUGUCUGGAAGUACCUUCAACUGGCCCUAUGGCUCAGGCCAGUGACUGGACAGGACCCGUGGCCCAGUGGCCUGGUCUGCAGACCUCAAGGGAUGUGGCUGCUCGAGCCUCAGGGGGAUUCCCCAGACAGAGGACUCCAGCCUCUCUCCUCAGACUCCUGUUUUUUAAAGACUGUGAAUGUU